AGGAGGCAGAGACGCCAGAGGGUGGGAGGCCCGGCGCAGCAGCGGCCGCUCGUUCCAACUUGCAGGCCCGACGCGUAAUGCGGAGCGCAGGGGCGCCCGGUUGGAGCACCCAAGCGGGAGCCGGGAAACAACAGAUCCGGGCCGGACGACGGCUUGGCGGCUGAGAGGGUCGGCCAACAGCAGAGGGGAACGGAGGACAGCCCACCUGCCCGCCGAAGGGAGAGAGACUCGCCAGCUGCCCUUCGAGGAGCCGGUGCGCGCCCAAGGCGACGGGGGAACCCCGCUGGCAACCGCGGACCAGCGGGCAGGCGCGGGAUCCUGUGCAGCGAAACUCAUGUGCAGAGAGACACUUCAAGAUUCUCUAUGCUGGAAUGCAGGACCCCUCAGAUAUGGCUGUUCUGAGAGGACAUGUGCUAAAGACUUGCUGUAUUUCACUGGAGGCUGAAAUAUUUCCUUAACUGGUUGGAUUGCCUGCUUGUGGGACUCCUUCCCUGAAUAUUAUUACCCUGUGCCCCAUAGUCCCUCCCCUUGAUUCCACCCGCGGCCAUGAAUGGGCUGACGGUCAGUGAACUCUGCUGCCUCUUCUGCUGCCCACCGUGCCCUAGUCGAAUCGCUGCCAAGCUGGCCUUCCUACCUCCAGACCCCACCUAUACAAUUGUCCCAGAGCCAGAGCCUGCGGGCACCGCCAGCAGCGCCUCCGCCCGGGGUGGCCCCAUGGCUCGCUGGAAGCUUCAUUUGACGGACCGGGCCGAUUUCCAAUACACCCAACGAGAACUGGACACCGUCGAGGUGUUCCUUACCAAAAGCAGCCGAGGGAACCGAGUGAGUUGCAUGUAUGUCCGCUGCGUACCUGGCGCCAGGUUCACCGUUCUCUUCUCACACGGCAACGCCGUGGAUCUGGGCCAGAUGUGCAGCUUCUACAUCAGCCUGGGCACCCGGAUUAGCUGCAACAUCUUUUCUUACGACUAUUCGGGCUACGGUGCCAGCACAGGGAAACCUUCAGAGAAGAACCUCUAUGCUGAUGUCGACGCAGCCUGGCAGGCCUUACGCACACGAUAUGGGAUCAGUCCCGAGAACAUCAUCCUCUAUGGGCAAAGCAUUGGGACGGUGCCCACAGUCGACCUGGCCUCCCGCUAUGAGUGCGCCGCUGUCAUCUUGCAUUCACCUUUAACAUCGGGCAUGCGCGUUGCCUUCCCAGAAACCAAAAAGACCUACUGCUUUGAUGCUUUCCCAAACAUAGACAAGGUGUCUCGCAUCACUUCCCCCGUGCUGUUCAUUCAUGGCACCGAAGACGAGGUGAUCGACUUCUCUCACGGCUUGGCCCUUUACGAGCGCUGCCCGAAGGCAGUGGAGCCCCUCUGGGUGGAAGGAGCUGGCCACAACGACAUUGAACUCUACAGCCAGUACCUGGAGCGCUUACGCAAGUUCAUCUCACAAGAUCUGUCUGGUUAAUGCAACUCCACCUGCCUGAGCUUCUGGCAAGGACCGCCUGCCUUGACUGGGCCUGGGGAAACGGGGGAAGCAUUGGUGGCUUUCGAAGGAGAAGGCCACCGAUGCUGCGAGCGCCAUGUUCCCCAUCUGCAAAACGGGAGUCGUUCUAUUCAUCCCUCCUCUCUGGCAGGCUUAGCCUGCGCAGAGCUCUUGAGUCUCUGCCGGCGGUUCUUCCCCCAUCGCCGAGGGCCCUUUCCAGCUGUUCUCAUUUCCAGCUGCUGCCAUGGCUGAAGAGGGGCCUGAGACGGGAGUCUCUAAUUGCACUUCCUCGCGGGACUCCAAAGGACUCGAGCGUUGCAGACUGUUCUAAACCGUGAACAUCUCCAUCAGGGCUAUCCUCUUGUGGCCUCCAUCCAUCUCCUCACUUCCUGUUUCAGAUCCCGUUUCCUUAACACGCCGUGUGGUGACCCAUUGAUAGCAAUAAGCCAUAUAGGCAGGGUGGGGCGGGAGGCAAAGCACCUUGCAUGCUGGCCAGAAACGGCUUGCUUCAGUUUGGCUGUCCAGCCCACUUGCAGCCCUUGAAGGACAAUUGAAUUUCAUUCAGAUUUCCCCGGGGGUUGAGGAUGGAUAACAACCACCUGGAUUUUUUCACCUGGAAGCCUGCAAAAGAACUGUGUGUGGAAUGCAGCAAGGCUGUUCUAUGCAUCUCGGCAUUUUUUUGGGGGGGUCGGGGGAGUCAUUUACCAGCUUCAUCACAACUCCUAGAUACUAUUGUUUUAAUAUUCCAUAUCCUGUCCCCUCCAGAUGUCCCCGAGGAAUGGAUUACACUUUACUUAAUUCUGGGUAUUCAGGCAAUGGGGAGAGGUCGGGGUGGGAAGUAAGGGAAGAAUUCUCCAUUCAUUCAUUUUGAAAGAGGAAUAAACAAAACAA